ACUGAUUUGAUGAUAUAUUUUAUUAAGUAUAUGUAUUAAUUAUUACAUGCAGUGGCGUAUUUAUAUGCAGGCACUAUAGGUACGUGCCUACAGCGGCAAAUUCUAAGGGGCGGCAAAUUUUUCAUGGGAUUUUUUUUUUCAAUAAUGAUGGCCAUGCAUAUUAACUCGGUGAAACUUAUUUUUAUUCAGCCAACAAAAGUAUCUUAAAGUAUUGAAAACAAUGACAUUGGUUCCAAAUAAAUUUCGAAUUAUUUAUUUUUAAAGUUUCUUAUCGCUGUCUACCGAAAAUAUUCACGCCGUCGCCGUCAAAAAAAUGGUCAGUGAGUUAUCUACAGUACAUAUUUGUUAUCUACAGUACAUAUUAACAAUCUAAUAAUAUCAACAUUCAGUGCAGUGGUUCUACGAAAAAUUUCUUGACCGAUCUUUUAUCUUAUUACUUGAGAAAUGAGAAGUGAUUUCAGUCUGUGGUCUAUCGUACUGUCGCCUGUGCGUUCUGACCGUGCUGCAAAGUGCUGAGUGCGUACCGUUGCAGUUGUGUCGUCGUUUUUUUCGAAAAUAUUCUUUUUAUUUUGUGAGCAUGAGUUCGAAUAGAAAACGGUUAAGUGGUGACCAAUACAAAAAAAUUGCCAAAUUAAAAAGUGAAAAACUGCAAAAUGUUUUAAAUAAAACACAAAAAUUGACUGAUUUUUUUAAAAAUCCAGCUUCUACUUCUGGUGUUUGUAGUAGUAAUAGUAGUAACAUUAUGGAUAUUAAUAUGAAGAAAACAGAUUUUCAGGUUAGUGACAGUGAAACAACAAUAAUUAGUGAAUCUAUUGAAGUGGAUAAUGUUGAACCAGAAGGUAGUUGUGAGUCAAAUGAGUUGACUAAUAUGAUAGUAAAUGAAACCAUUUUGGAGAUAGACCCAGCUAAAUGGGUUAUUAACGACGAAUUUCGUGACUAUAUUGCAAAAAAUGGUUUUAAUCAAAAUAUGACAAAUGACUUUAUUAACUCGAAACGGAUAUAUUCUGAUAAAACAAGAUAUUUGACCAAAAUUAUGUUUAAUAGACGAUUAAUUAAUGGAGAAACAAUUGUUCGUUCAUGGUUAGUUUAUUCUCCAAGUUUAGUAGUAGUUUUUUGUGGGCCUUGUCGGAUAUUUCAAACAUCUUUAGAAACUCAACUUGUUACUGAAGGGUUCAAUGAUUGGAAAAAUGCUACUGUCCGUUUCAGCUACCAUGAAAAUAGUAAAGAGCACCGAGAUGCUAUUAUGAAUUUAAAACAUAGAGGUAAUGUCUUGGGGCGCAUUGAUAAUUCAUUGAUUAAACAAUUAGACACAGAAAUCGAAUAUUGGAGAAAUGUGUUGAAAAGGGUAGUCGAAACUAUUAAAUCGUUAGCUUCUCGUGGUCUUCCUUUUCGAGGACAUGAUUCGUGUUUUGGUUCUGUACACAACGGUAAUUACUUAAUGUCACUCGAAUUAAUCGCAAAAUUUGAUCCGUUUUUAGCCGAUCAUAUAGUUCGUUUUGGAAGUAAAGGCAGUGGCUCUACGUCAUAUUUAUCUCACGUUAUAUGUGACGAAUUUAUUUUUAUUGAUUCGACGCCAGAUAUUUCGCACGUCGACAAAUUAUCAUUUAUGGUGAGAUAUGUCCUCGCAACUGGUCUUCCUGUAGAACGAUUCUUAUGUUUUAUUUCAAAUCCAGGACAUAAAGCUUUAGAUUUAACUAAUGUCAUUAUUAAUACUUUAAAAUCUCAUGAUAUUGACAUUUCUGACUGUCGAGGGCAAAGCUACGAUAAUGCUAGUAAUAUGUCAGGUCAAUACAGUGGAGUUCAGGCUCGAAUCAAAGAAAUUAAUCCACUAAGAUGGUCAAUUUUGCAAUUAAAUAUGAAACGUAAUGCUAAUACAAUUAAGAGUUUAUCAAACACCAGGUGGUCGGCUCGCGCAGACGCAUGUCGAGCAUUAUAUAAUUCGUGGGAUGAAAUUAUUAACGCAUUGAUCACUAUCAAGGAUGACACUUUUGAAAAAUGUGUUACGCGAAAUGAGUCAAAUGGUCUUUAUAAUCAAAUGCAAAAGUUAGAAACAUCAUUUAUGAUGAUUUUUUGGAAUCAUAUAUUAGAACGAUUUAAUGCAUCUAAUAAACAAUUACAAUGUGUUGAAAUUGGAAAUGAUAAAGUUUCUCAGAUUUAUACAUCACUAAUUAAUCUAGUUCAAAAAACCCGAGAUAAUUUUGAUGAAUAUGAAACUAGAGCAAAAAAAAUAUCAAAGACUACCAAGUACAAUUUUGGUAUAUCUCGACAAAAAAAAAAAAAAUUACACUUCGAUGAAAAAACUGAGCAACCAACCGAGUUAAUUGGUAGGGAUAAAUUUCGAGUUGAAACAUUUUACGUAAUUAUUGAUAAGAUGACAAAUGAACUUAAGAAAAGACAACAGGCCUUCAAAGCGUUUUGUGAUAUAUUUGAAGUACUACUAAAAAUUACAUCUUUAAAUUCUUUGGAAAUAGUUAAGUUUGCUGAGAAAUUGCAAAAAAUAUACCCGAAUGAUUUAGACAAUAAUUUUUCGUCAGAAUGCUUACAUUUACAAUCUUAUUUAUUGAAUAGUGAUAUCGAUAUUGACGUAAAUAAUUUAACUCCUAUCACACUGUGCCAGUAUUUAAGAGAAAAAAGUUUACACAUUGAAAUAUUUCCAAAUAUUGACACAGCAUUAAGGAUUUUUGUGAGUGUACCAGUGUCCAAUUGUACUACCGAGAGAUCGUUUUCAUGCCUCAAACGCGUAAAAAACUAUUUAAGGUCCACCCAAACUGAUGACAAGUUGAAUAAUUUAGCAUUAUUUUCGAUAGAGAAUGAAAUGCUAAGCGAAUUGAAUUGUGAAGAUUUAAUAGACACAUUUGCAAGAACCAAAUGUCGACGUAAACCGAUCGUCUAA